AUGCCAGACGAUGAAUCUGGACUUUCCGGGGACUUCGCCGACGUAGUCGGCGACGACAGCAUCCUCGGCUCCGAGUCAAUCCUCUCAGACACGCACGCUCACGCCUCAAACAAAGCUCCCAGCGGACCCCCUAGCAAGCCUCCUAGCAAGCCUCCUAGCAAGGCGCCCUCGGAUCUGGGCACCGAUGACUCGUUCUUCGCGUCGGGAUCCCGUCAGCCCUCACGCCAAGCUUCCAAGGCCGCUUCCAUCGGCCUCGCGGAGAACACCCUCAGUCGCAGCAGCAGCGCUCUGCGCCCACUCCCCAAGGCACCGAACAGCCCGUCGGCGUUAUCCGGCGGCUCCCCCUCGCGGCCCCCCUCAGCUCGACCCACAACCCCCGGCAGUAGCCGCAGCAGGGCCCCCAGCCCGCUGGGCACCACCCCCAGCGACGACUUCGCCGACAUCCUGGGCCCCAACACAGAAGCUUCCUCCUCUUCCCUGCCCGUUCGAGGACCGCCUUCUACUACUGGCUCUGGCUUGGGGCCAACUACAGCUGCCGCCGCCUUCACAGCUACUGCCGGGCGACCAUCUGCGCAGUGGAAGUCGUCGUCGUCGCCUGGCGGCUCCCCUGCCGUCAGCGGUGGUCCGGAGUCCCUCCACGGCAGCUUCGCCGGCAGUAGUUUUGGAGCGGGCAGCCGUAGCGGAGCCGGCGGGACGACGCUAGGGGCGCCGGAGGCGUCGCCGUCACCCCGUGUGCCGUCGACACCGAGGGCAAGCUUUGCCGCUGCUGCCACAGUUGGCAGUGACGGUGGCGGCGGCGGCGGCGGCGGCACGCAAUGGCGUUCUCCCUUGUCACAGUCCGCCAAAAGCCGGAUUUCGCAGGUGGAGUGCCAUAUUCCUACGCCAUUUGAGUUGUUUCGGUUGUACGACGCAGAUCUUAACGGUCGCGUCACGCGUGAGGAGUUUUUCAGCAUGAUGCGGGACCUGGACGGUCUGCCGCUGCACUACGCGCCCCACGACGAUCCCGAACACCGUCUGGUUGGGCUGCGGGAAAAACGCUCUUCUCCGUACACUGUCGUACAUCCGUACGAAUGCCGUUCUUUGACCCGAAGUGAACGCCGCGAAUCUCAGCGGGCAGCCCGGGAGGAGAAACUGUCUCUGGCUGAGAUGCACCGUCAGGCGAAUGAGGAGCAGAAGCGGGAGAUGGCGGCGGAGGUGGCGGCGUUGGCGGCCGAGGUGGCGGAGCUGGAUGCUCGUAUCGCCGCGGAGGAGGCGGAGACCAGGCAGCUGGUCCACCACCCGGAUGAGGCGCAGCGGGUGACAGCGGAAGUACGGCAACACAGGGCCCAGUGGCGCUCCUGGGUGGCGGAGGAGUUCACGAGGGCGGAUCUGGGGGGGAACGGCAUCCUCAGCAUAGAUGAGUUUUACAUGUACUACUACUCAAAAAUGUGUUUUAGAUUCCCCGUCAUGAGAAACGGCGUAAACCCAGGGGCGUUGUUGUUCAAUGUGUUUGUGCGGUACUGCAGCAUCGGUCGAGGUGCCGUGGGGGGCCGGAAUGAGGACAUGCUCAGUCACCAGUUUUCUAAGUUGUGUCGGGAUGCGGGACUAAUAAACGGAAAAACCGUCACGAAGGCCGCAGUUGACAUAAUUUACCACAGCCGGGAGCUUCGAGAGCUGGCGGAUAAUGAUAUGAUAAGGAAGAUGAAGCAAGAGUCUCAGGACGCUCUCAGCGUGUCGAUGGGUCUCUCCCCCCAGCAGCAGCAGCCGGGGACGGGGGAAGGGGGGGCCUUGGCGGCGUUUUUGAAAUCCAGGCGCGCCGGGGCAAACCCCGGUGGAACUUCCGGCAGCGGCGGCGGCACGCCGGCACAGCAGGCCGAUGGCGGCGGCAGCGGCACGCCGCCGCUGCAGGCCAGCGUGUACGGCAGCUUGCCGCCGCCGUCCAUUGGGCCCGAUGUGCUACGACAGAAGAAGUGGGAGCGACAGGAGCCCUCUGAGCUGUUGAGAUCCCGCGAGGCGGCGACUGCUCGGGGGUUGGCGCCCGUGCUGUCGCCGGACACGAUGCACCUGGUCCGCGCUAUGGACCCAGAUCAGCUGAUGGCGGCGCUGAAGCGAGUGUACGAGGCAUAUGCGGCCUGGGGGGGAGGGGUGGACCGGGCGGCGUUGGAUCGACGGAGGUUCUCCAAG